AUGGCUUAUCAGAGGUUUCAGAGCCCAGAGUUGUUGAGAGAUGAAGAUGAGGAUUGUCGGCUGCUGUUGAUUGGUAAAACAGGAUCCGGUAAAAGCGCCACAGGAAACGUCAUCUUUAAUAAACGAGUGUUUAAGUCACAAAACAGCUCUUCAUCAGUGACCAGAGUCUGUCAGACACACACUGGAGAAGUUGACCACAGAAGCGUGACAGUCAUCGAUACUCCAGACUUCAGAUUCUCCACUCACACUGACUUUGAUUCAGACUCGGAGCUGAAGAGAGCUCUUAGAUUACGUUCAGCAGGAGUUCAUGUCUUUCUGCUGAUUCUGCCGUUAAGCACUUUCACUGAACAUGAGAAGGAUUUCAUUGAUUGGUUUGAGCAGAAGUUUGGUGUCGAAGCUCUCAGAUUUACUCUAGUGCUCUUCACUCAUGCAGAUCAGGGACACAUGAGAUCACUAGCAGAAAUGAUCAGGGCAAAUCCUCAAUUAUCUGCUUUCAUUCGCCGAUGUGGUCAGAGAUAUCAUGAGUUUAACAAUAAAGAUCCAGCAAACAGACGACAGGUGACUGAACUCAUGGAGAAGAUCGACACACUGAUAACUGAGAACACAAACUCCCGUUACACACUAGAAAUGAUGCAGGAGAACGACAGGAGAAGAGAAGAGGAAAAGAGAGAAGAGGAGGAGAGGAGAGAGAGAGAACGUCAAAUGAAAUUAGAUGGAAUCAGACGAGAGACAGACAUGCGAGUGAGGAGAGAAUAUGACGAGGAACAGGAGAAAUGGGAGAUAGUGGAGAAGCCAGAAGAGGGGUGGAUGGAAGUCAGUAUAGAGCCAGAGGAGAAAAUCAGAGCAGAGUCUGAUGCUGAACAGAGUUAUUUCUCACAAGAAUCUUGGAACAAUGUGUAUUAUGUGGCUGUUGGAGCUGCUGUUGGAGCUGCUGGUGGAGCAGUUGUUGGUGGAGCAGUUGUUGGUGGAGCUUUUGUUGGUGGAGCUGUUGGAGCUGUUUUUGGAGGUGUUACUGGAGCUGGUGGUGGUGUCAUCGCUGACAGAGCAAAAGGUGAGACACGUUCCGAUACUGAAAGCCCCUCUAGUCUGACUAAAAUUGAAGAGGCCCAAAGCAAUAAAUUGUCUUGA